AUGAGGAUUGUUGUAGCUCUUGGUGGCAACGCUCUUCUUCAGCGUGGUAUGAAGGGAACAUUCCAAGAUCAGCAGGCUGCCUGCCGUCUUGCUAUGUCCCAGAUCGUUAAGAUCGUCAAGGAUGGCAACGAACUUGUCAUGACUCACGGCAAUGGCCCACAGUGUGGCGCUAUCUUCCUCCAGAACGUUGCUGGUGAAAAGGAGAAAGUUCCAGCUAUGCCACUCCACGUUUGCGGUGCUGAAACACAAGGCUUCCUCGGCAAGCUUCUUCAGCAGGAACUCGAUGGUGCUCUUCGUGCCGAAGGUAUCGACAAGAAGGUUGUUUCCAUUGUUACACAGUCCUUUGUUGAUCCAAAGUAG